UGAGCAGCAUUGGACUUUAGCCUCUUCUGCACAGGUUGGUGCAUUAAGGCGAGGUGUGGAAACACUCUGAUUGCUCUGCUCUCUUCUUUCUCUGCCUGAGCUCCAUGAUGGAUUUCUUUUCGACUGCUACGUAGCCUCGGAGUGGGAGGGGACUGCCCCUUCUUCCUGAAUGUUCAUUGGUUUUACAGUCCUCUCGGCGGCGAAGGGGGUGCCUCUAAUCAUAUCCAGCAUGUUUUGCACAAGAAAUGUCAGCCAGAAAGGGCUAUCUUCUCCCUUCGCCAAAAUACACCACAAUAAUGUCAUGUUCGGACAGCCCGUCUGGAAACGCGUUUUUAGUUGAUUCUCUGAUCAGUGCGCGCACCGAGAGCGGCGGAGGUCACUAUGCUGGGAGCGCGGUGUGCGUGCCGCACAGCGCCGCGGCAGAAGUGCCUUACGGACUACACAACUAUGGAUACUUCCCAGGUAUGACUAAACGGACCGAGGUGGGUCCCCAGAACGUGGUCUCCGCCCCGGGUGCGUACAUGUCCAGCAUGGAGAUGUGGAUGGACGCGCAGAGGUCAUGUCGAGUGGACCAAGAGCACUCUGUGGGUCCCCAGGUCGCACCCUGCUCCUUCCCGCAGAACAUCAAGGAAGAGAGCACCUACUGCCUGUAUGAGCAAUCCAAGUGCCCCAAAGCCUCCACCGCCGAAGACCUUACGUAUUCAAGAUUAACCUCUUCGUGUAAAGUCAAUGAUGGCGGCGGCAGCGCUGGGGGCGGAGGGGGGUCAGUGCCCGUGCCGGGCUUCUUCCGCUUGUCUCAGCCGCACGCACAUUCUCCUAAAUUUUACAGCGCCAACAGCGGCCCCCAGUCAAACCCUUCCCAUUCCCACUACGGCCUGCAGCAUCCCACCGAUCUCGCUCGCUUCCACUCGCCGCCGACCUCCACGUCCGCUCCAGCCACCGCGGAGAAGAAGGGGAGGGACGCCGAGGAGACAGCAGACCUGCCGCCUCAAGCUGCGUCGAGCACCGAGGAGGGGCGCGACUCCUCGGACGCCGAAGCCUCCUCUGCGGAGGAAACCGAGGAGAAUGAAAAGCAGAGAGCAGCAAAUGCCAAUAAAGGAGACGCAAAAAGCGAAAACACGGCCAACUGGCUGACGGCGAAAAGCGGCCGAAAGAAGCGCUGUCCGUACACCAAGCACCAGACGCUGGAGCUGGAGAAGGAGUUCCUCUUCAACAUGUACCUGACCCGAGAGCGCCGCCUAGAGAUCAGCAAGAGCGUCCACCUGACGGACAGACAGGUCAAGAUCUGGUUCCAGAACCGCAGGAUGAAGCUGAAGAAGAUGACGCGGGAGAACAGGAUCCGGGAGCUCACGUCCAACUAUGGCUUUUCAUGAUGAACAGACAACGCGGAAGGGAAGAUAAAAGAAUAGAUGAAUUUAUUGACAGGCUACUCUACAAAUCCCUCACCGAUUGCCCCCCGCCCCCUUCCCCCACGCCCAGUGUUUCAUUUCUCUGGGAGAUGCAACCUCCUCUCAUCGCCCAUCACCGUCUCUGACCUACUGAGGAAACCGUCCUUGGGUGUUUUAGCUCUGACUGUUUUUUCUGACGUGUUUUUGUAUCGUUACAUCUGUGGUAGGACGGGGCCGUGUGGUUAAAUCAGUGCAACACACACACACACACACACACACACACACACACACACACACACACACACACACACACACACACACACACACACACACUAUAUUCUCUCUAUGUAUCAAGCAGGAUUGACACUUACAAGAAAAAAAAUAAUAAUAA